AUGGCACCACUGAUGAACGACCAAGAAUUGAGAGGGGUGAGAUAUCCUCCACCCAUUGCCGUGGCCUCAUCCGUCUCGGAAGAUGAUAUUGCAAUUGUGGGAAUGGCGUGUCGUCUUCCGGGGGGUGCCACAUCGCCAUCCAAACUAUGGGAUCUACUCGUCAACGAGGGCUCCGGCCAGGGAGAUGUCCCGAGCUCUCGUUUCAACAUAGACGCCUUCUACCACCCAGAUGGGUCUAAGCGACCAGGAAGUAUGAACAUGAAAGGCGGGUACUUUCUGCAGGACGAGGAUAUUCGAAAUUUCGAGAACGAAUUCUUUGGGAUCAAUAACAUGGAAGCCAAAUACAUGGACCCUCAGCAGCGAAAGCUCCUGGAGGUAGUCUUUGAAUGCUUUGAGAGUGCUGGUCUGCCUCUGGAGGCAGUUUCUGGUGCCAACAUUGGUUGCUACGUCGGGAAUUUUACUGUGGACUUCCAGCUGAUUCAACUUCGCGAUGCUGAAUAUAUGCACCGUUAUACAGCAACUGGGAUGGGGACCACCAUCCUGGGGAACCGGAUCAGUCACACAUUUAAUCUCAAAGGCCCAAGCUUGGUCAUUGAUACAGCCUGCUCGUCAUCGCUCUAUUGCCUUCACAUGGCGUGUGCCGCUCUAGAAGCUGGUGAAUGCGAAGCGGCGAUUGUAGCCGGUGCCAACCUAAUCCAAACCCCAGAGCAACAUUUCGCAACAAUGAAGGCUGGCGUUCUGUCCCCAACAUCAACGUGUCAUACGUUUGCUGACACAGCCGAUGGGUACGGUCGGGCAGAUGGGGUUGGAGCUCUGUAUGUGAAAAAGCUUGGAGCUGCCUUGCGAGAUGGAGACCCCGUUAGGUCGAUCAUCCGAGCGAGUGCCAUAAACGCGAACGGCAGAACAGCAGGAAUCACACUCCCCAGCAGCAUCGGACAAGAAGAGGUUAUCCGGAAGGCAUAUCAUAAGGCUGGACUAUCCCCAGAUAACACAGCCUAUGUGGAAUGCCACGGCACUGGAACUGCCGUGGGUGACCCAAUUGAGGUGGAGGCCGUGUCUCGAGCCUUUAAGCGUUCUCUAGGCUCCGCACCUACUUUGAUAGGAUCGGUGAAGACCAACCUUGGACAUAGCGAGGCUGCUAGCGGUAUAUCCAGUAUCAUCAAGGGUACUUUAGCCCUUGAGCAUGGUUUCAUUCCCGCCACAAUCGGUGUCGAGCGUCUCAACCCCAAGAUCAAGUCAGAUCUGUGGAAUGUGCAAGUGGUUACGAAAGGCCGUGCAUGGCCAGUGGAAGAAUACGAGAACAUCCAGCGAAUGGGUGUGAAUUCAUUUGGUUACGGAGGCGCCAAUGCCCACGUUAUUCUUGAGGCAGCUUCGUCGCUACCAAUACGUGUUCCAUCCCCAAUCGAAACGAUUCGCCCUCUCCAGAAACGUACCACGUUCUUAUUCCCCUUGUCUGCAAGGACACCGGCAUCCCUGCAAGCCCGAUGUCAGGACCUGGCAAACUAUGAUCUUUCCGGAAAGUCGCUGGUCGAUCUCGCCUAUACUCUUGGGGAGCGCCGAUCGCAACUGAGCACCCGUGGAUUUCUGGUUGCCAACGUGGAUAGCCUUCAGGAGAAACUGAGGAAUGGAGACCUCAUCACACCGCAGACAGAGCCUAUUCAACCCCCCUUCAAAUAUGCCUUUGUCUUUACUGGUCAGGGGGCACAAUGGCCGCAGAUGGGUGCAGAGCUUCUUGUCGAAUUUCCUGUUUUCCGUGCUGCCCUGCUUGAUCAGGAUGCAGUGCUGCAAUCCCUGCCCAAUCCACCCUCAUGGACUUUACACGAUGCCAUCCUUGAACCCAAGAAGACCAGCAAAAUCCACGAUGUUACUCGGUCACAGCCCGUUUGCACUGCUAUUCAGAUGGCUCUAGUUGAUCUGCUGCGGUCAUGGGCUAUUUGCCCUGCUAGCGUACUUGGUCAUUCAUCUGGCGAGAUCGCAGCGGCAUAUGCUGCAGGUCAACUUUCACGCGCCCAAGCUAUUAUCGCUGCUUUUUACCGAGGACUGUCUGUCAAGACACUGGAAACCUCUGGUGCUAUGGCAGCCGUUGGAUUAUCCAGUGAAUUGGCCAAUGCUGAGAUUCAUCAAGCUGGACUGCAGGACAAAAUGUGCGUGGCCUGCAUCAACUCUCCGGAUAGCGUAACGCUUUCCGGCGAUGAAUCAGCCGUGGACUGUAUGGUUGCCACAUUGGAAGGACGGAAGAUAUUUGCAAGGAAGCUCAAGACGGACGGCCGGGCGUACCACUCGCACCAUAUGCUUGCCAUCGGCAAGCAGUACGAGAGCCUAGUGAGCUCUGCCUUUGAUGACCAUCGCAAGGGCUUCUUCAAAUAUCCUCAAGAGGCCACAUUUUUCUCUUCGGUGACAGGAGAGCUCAAGGGGAACGGAUUUGCUCCAGCAUAUUGGCGCGAGAACCUUGAGAAGCCGGUGCGCUUUAUAGAUGCGGUUAGCCAGAUGGCAGAGUCCGGUGCCCAUCAGAUCAUUGAGCUGGGCCCUCACUCCGCCCUUGAGUUGCCGAUAAAACAGAUUCGCAAUCAUUUAAAGCUCUCUCCUAGUCAGCUGCCAUACGCCAGUGCUCUCACAAGGGGGAAGAAUUCGACUGAAAGUAUCCUCUCGCUGGCAGGACAUCUCUGGAUAAACAACCACCCCAUCCAAAUGUCACUAGUGAAUUAUCCAGUUUAUGGUAGCAAGGCUCGUGGACCGCAUCCUCACGUACUUCAUGAUCUGCCGCCGUAUCGCUGGGAGUACGAUGCUGUGCUUUGGAACGAAUGCCGCGAGAGCUCCGAGUUCCGCUACCGCAAGCAUAGCCGGCAUGAGCUGCUUGGAUCUAAGCUGGCAGCGGGCAGCGAGACAGAACAUGUGUGGCGAAAUAUGCUUCAUGGCGAUGAUGCCCCGUGGUUGUUGGACCACUGCCUAGAGAAAUCUGCCGUCUUUCCAGGAUCAGCAUAUUUGGCUAUGGCUGCGGAGGCAGUAGCACAAGCUCUCAGUUGGCCUCGCUUGGCUACUCAUACAAUUUAUUUCCAAAAUGUUCACUUUCUCUCCGCUAUGAGGGUUCCCGCCUCACAGGACCCGCCGGUGGAACUUUUCACAUCAUUACGUCGAACCCCGAAUACCAAGGCGAGCGUUUCAAGCAUAUGGUGGGACUUUAAUAUCUCAACCUGUGAGAAUGCAGCCACCACCAUCUGUGCCACGGGAUCCAUCAGUGUGUCAGAUGUCCAAGAACCCAUCGUACCAGUUUGCGACAUGAGUGUUUCGGAUCUCGAGCCUUCAGCGGUCCGUAUCUGGUAUGAGCGACUUGCGAGUGCGGGACUUAAUUACGGUGAGGCCUUCAGCUCUAUCACCCAUGUAUCUGUGCCUCGUGCUCGCACCCAGAAUGUAUGUAGUGCCCAGGUCCCGUUUAUACAGAGCUUCCCUGGCAGCGAAGCUCCCGAGCCAGAAUAUACCUUCCACCCAAUCCUUGUGGAUGCCAUGGUCCAAGCAGGGAUUAUUGCUACCGCUGCCGGUCGCACGAGCGAGAUGAAAGCGUUUGUACCCAUCACCAUACGGUCGGCCACUUUCCAAAAUCCGGACGCGAUAAUUUCGGGGGCGAACUGCUAUAUAAAUGCCACUGCCUCCGUUCGCGGUCCUGGGGCUGCUAGCUUCCAAGCGGAUCUAAUCACUACCCAAAAUCAGGUGGUUGCCCAAAUCGAAUUCGGCCGUCUACGCCAGUAUGAGCCAAACCGCACACCGAGAGAUGCCGUUAUUGCUCGCCAUCCUAUGCUUCGUGUUCUGUGGAAGCCCAAGAUAUACGGCACAGAGUUCAUGCAAGAGCCGGCCUUUACCCGCUAUCUUGACAACUUCGUAGCGGAAGCUCGGUCUCCCGUCAAGGAUGAGGGAUUACUCAAGCUCGGAGCAACAAUAAACUUGCUCUCUCACCGAAAUCCGCGACUGCGUAUUCUGGAACUGGGAUCUUGCAGCCGAGAUUUCACUGUGGCGGUACUAGCCCUUCUGUACGCAGACAAUGACUACCGUCGCCUUUCGUCUUACAGUACGGGAUAUCUGGAUGACAAAGGCAUCUUGCGUGCAGUGGAGUGGGACUUGACGUCGAGCAAAAUGGCGGAGAUACAUGAUCCCGCCGAGGCUCCUGUCAUCGACAGGAAGUGGGAUUUGAUUCUGCUCCCGGAUACCCUUUCAGCUACUCAGUACUUACACCACGAGCUGCACCACCUGACCGGGCUCGUCUCGCCCGAUGGCGUUGUACUAGCCAAGCCAACACUGUACUCCGGUCUCCGUGGACAAUCUGGCAACUCGUUUGAUACACUACGCUCAACGCUUCAUGAUGGUUCCGGGGAAGUUCUUCUGGUCCGUCCCCAUCAAAGCCUUUCACUACAGAUGGUGACAAGGAGCAAACCUAUUAUAGUCAUCGAAAAAGAAACCAAUGCGUUAGGUAGCGCCAUCCUUGCAAAUAUGGAGGGUAUCCGCUUGGACUUUGAUAAGAUCGAUGCCAACUCCGCUCAACUUCUAGCUGGGUCCACGGUCAUCUCGCUAGUCGAAGCAACCAAUCCUUUCCUCGCUACAAUUAGUGGUCAGGAAAUGGACGCAUUGAAGCUAAUCACUGACAACGCUUCUACUAUUCUGUGGGUCACUAAUGGUGACAUGCUGAGUGGGGCACGUCCAGACUUCGCCCUCGUUGCAGGCCUGUCCCGUGCACUGAUGCUGGAACAGCCUGCACUACAAUUCCUGACGUACGAUAUAGACAACCCCAGCAAAGACCCAAAACAGUCCGCCCACAAUAUAGCCCACGCUAUCUUAGAUCUUGAUGGGACGCUCUCUGACUAUGAAUACGUGGAAAAGGAUGGAGUGGUACACGUCAGUCGCUUUACUCCAGACAAUGACCUUAACCUCGCGUUCCGGCAGAAGCAGGGGUCAGAGAAAGUUGAGUUGUCCUUGCAGGAAGCUCGACCAGUACAAAUUGCACUCGAUCAACCGGGUCGGUUUGACGAUAUCUAUUUUAAGCAGAUCGAGAUUCCAACAGCCCUGGCACCAAAGGAAGUACAGGUGCAGGUCAAGGCAGUGGGCUUGAAUGCAAAAGAUCUGUAUGUCCUAGCAGGGAAGGUUGAUACUCCCAAUGCCACUUGCACUCUAGAGUACAGUGGUAUUGUUGAGCGAAUCGGUGUCGAGGUCGAGGAACUACAUAUUGGCGACCGUGUGGUGGUCAUGGCCCCGGGGCAUUUCAAGUCCUCCGAGACUGUGCCCGAGUGGGCGUGCAAGAAGUUAAGGGAUAGUGAAGACUUCGCGACCAUGUCCAGUCUCCCACUUGUUUACUCCACUGCCAUCUAUGCAUUGACUAUGCGGGCUCGACUGCAACCAGGAGAAUCAGUUUUAAUUCAUUCCGGUGCUGGAGGAGUGUUUACCACAGUGUCGACUGAGGAGAAGAAGACGUUCUUGGUCGACGCUUUCGAUCUUAACCCCAACAAUAUUUUUACUUCCUGUGAUGAUUCGUUUGCACGCGGCGUGCUCAAUGCAACUUCUGGAAAGGGAGUCGACGUUGUUCUCAACUCGUUGACCGGCGACUUACUCCACGCCAGCUGGCGGUGCUGUGCAGCAUUUGGUCGCUUUAUUGAGAUCGGCAAACGAGAUAUACUUGACGAUGGGCGGUUGGAAAUGAACGGCUUCCUGAAAAACGCGACAUUCUCGGCAUUUGAUCUCGCGGACAUUUACAAUCAUCCCGGAGAACAGUACCGCGAAAUUUGGUCCGGCCUACUCAAUCAAGUGAUAGAACUCUAUCGCUCAAAUCGGAUUACCAAUAUUGCGCCAGUUCGCGUGUUCGAUGUAUCGGAGAUCGGCAGCAGUCUGCGCUACUUCUCAUCUCGAGCCCGGAUCGGCAAGGUCGCGAUCAGUCUUGAGAAGGAUUCUACCAUCGUCCCAGUGCGGGUCUCCAAGUUUUGUGCAACCUUCUCACCCAAAAAGACCUACCUCAUGAUCGGGUGCCUAGGUGGGCUUGGUCGUAGCAUAACGAAAUGGAUGAUGUCGCGAGGUGCUCGGAAAUUUAUUUUCCUUGGUCGAUCCGGAACGGACAAGCCCAGUGCGUGGCGGCUUUUUCAAGAUCUCACUCUCAAUGGCGCAAAGUGCAAAGUCAUCCGGGGUGACAUCUGCAACAAAGCUGACGUUGAGACUGCGGUCGCGGCUGUGGAUGGAUUAAUCGGGGGUGUCAUUCAAGCAGCAAUGGGUCUAAACGUAACUAUUUUCACUGACAUGUCGCAUAAGUACUGGCAUACAGGUAUUGAUCCCAAAGUUCACGGGUCUUGGAAUCUACACCAUGCUAUUAAGGGCAAGGACUCGGAACUCGAAUUCUUCUUGAUGACAAGUUCCGUCUCUGGUAGUGUUGGCACAGCCACGGAGUCGAAUUACUGUGCCGGCAACUCCUUCCUAGAUAUGUUUGCACGCUAUCGACGGGCACAGGGCCUCACGGCACAAGCAAUCGGCCUUGGUAUGAUAAGCGAAGUCGGCUACCUCCAUGACAACCCUGAAAUUGAGGCUUUACUUGUCCGAAAGGGUAUCCAGGCAAUUAAUGAAGACGAGCUCCUUCAGAUCGUCGACAUUGCGCUAUCCAAUGAUCAGCUCACAAUCCCACACCCAGUCGAUCAUCUGGCCAAAUCGCAUGUGCUCACGGGUCUCGAACCCUUUGGGCUCCUAGAUCUGCGCAGGAAGGGCUUUGAGGUUACAAACUUGACAUUCCGCGACCCUCGAGCUGCGAUACUCGCUCGUGUCAUGGAUGGCGAAGAUGAUCAAUCACAAACAACGCCGGAGGGUCAGUUAUUAGCAGAUGUGCUGGAAGAAGGGAUUCCCCUUGCCGAGGCCAUUCAGAAGAGUGUUGCCGGUCGGCUAGGUAAUCUAGUACUCUUGCCGCUGGAAAAGGUGCAAGUCAACAAGCCUUUGGCGCAGUUCGGCAUGGACAGCAUGAUUGCAUCUGAGUUCCGGGCGUGGAUUUUCCGGGUAUUUGAGGUGGAUAUUCCUUUCUUGGAGUUAUUGAGCAAAACUGUCACGGUGUCUUCGCUAUCGACCACCAUCACUCAGGUUCUCGGUAGCCUUCAGUCAUAG